UGGAUAGGGCAAAGUACGGAUUCCUGUUCAGGGCAGAUCAUGUACGGGUCGUUUUUAGAUCAGCUCCAGAGCAACGGAAGCGUGACAGUUUGUUGACUGAGCUAAGUGUCACGCGAUAGUACUGUGACACUGUUUCUUGUUGACUUCCAGUUCUCCUUUGACAAAGUGUUUAUCCAAGACGAGUCUAAGUAAACAGUUGAGCGGUUGUUAGUUUCUAGGUUGAUGGAGAUAGUUGAAGACCAUUGGGACUUAUUAAAGUAAUUAAAGGUUUGAGCUCUCACUAAAGAAGUAAACAGCAAUAAAAGUUGGUGGAUGAUGGCUAACCACAGGGAUGCCAGUGAGAGCAGCCCUCUUUUGGACUCGGGAUCUGGGUACAGACCUUCACCACCAUCAGUGUUUCAGGGAAGAAGACUGGCAUGUGCAGCCAUCCUACUGGCUGAAUCACUAGAGAGGAUUGCUUUCUACGGCAUCACAUCAAAUCUUGUCCUUUUCCUCAAUGGCAGUCCCUUUUAUUGGGAGGGCACCCAGGCGAGCCAGGCACCUCUGAUGUUCAUGGGAAUUACCUACCUGAUAUCACCAUUUGGAGGCUGGUUUGCAGAUGCAUACUUGGGGAAGUUCUGGACAAUCGCCUCAAGUUUGAUCAUUUAUUUUAUUGGCAUGCUGUUUUUCCCUUUCAUUUCAAAUGAGGACACCAGGAUACACCUGUGUGGUCAAGAAGGGGCGUUUCCUGUGCAACCUGCUGAGUGUCUGAGUGCAAACAGUACCACCCCGAGUAAUAUAACCUGCCCCAUUCGGUCCCCGUACUGUGGCCCGGUGGUCUACAGUGGGCUGUUUCUGAUUGCGUUAGGUGUGGGAACCGUGAAGUCCAACAUCACACCCUUCGGGGCAGAUCAGGUCAAAGACAGAGGGCCAGAGGCCACACGCAGAUUCUUCAACUGGUUCUACUGGUGCAUUAACUUGGGAGCCAUCCUAUCUCUAGGAGGUGUGGCUUACAUCCAGCAGAACAUAAGUUUUACCCUCGGCUACAUCAUUCCAACAGUGUGCCUUGGGGUCUCCUUCCUGGUCUUCCUCCUGGGCAGUACCGUCUUCAUCACCAAGCCAGCUGAUGGCAGCGCCUUCACAGAUAUGUUCAAGAUCCUGGGCUUCGCCUGCUGUUACCAGAGAGCAAAGGAGCCCAAUCAUCUCAGGACCAGACCAACCCUACUAGACAAUGCUAAAGUGACCUAUGGAGGAAAAUUUCCUGAAGAGAAAGUAGAGGAGGUGAAAUCCCUGCUGAAAAUCCUGCCAGUUUUCUUGGCCCUGAUCCCUUACUGGACUGUAUACUUCCAGAUGCAGACAACAUACAUCCUGCAGAGCCUCCAUCUAAGACUUCCUGGAAGUGCCACGAAUAACACUGCUGACCUCCACAAGAUGACGUUCCGCUUCCCGGCCGCUUGGCUCACCAUGUUUGACGCCGUGCUCAUCCUUAUGCUGAUUCCCCUUAAGGACAAAGUGGUGGACCCUAUCCUGAAACGCCGCGGCCUGCUGCCUUCCCCUUUGAAGAGGAUCGCUGUGGGGAUGUUUUUUGUCAUGUGGUCGGCGGUGGCAGCAGGUAUUCUGGAGACCAAACGUCUGGACAUCGUCAAAUCAAACGGCACCAUUGACCAGGUGCUUGGCAACGUUAUCUACUACGCAGCAGAUUUACCCAUAUGGUGGCAAGUGCCUCAAUAUGUGCUGAUUGGAAUCAGCGAAGUCUUUGCCAGCAUUGCAGGUCUUGAGUUUGCUUAUUCUGCAGCCCCCAAGUCCAUGCAGAGUGCCAUCAUGGGGCUCUUCUUCUUCUUCUCUGGGAUCGGCUCCUUCGUUGGCUCUGGCUUGCUGGCGAUUGUCUCUGUCAAGGCGAUUGGCUGGAUGUCAUCACACAAAGACUUUGGUAAUAUCAACGACUGCUCUCUGCACUACUACUUCUUCCUCCUGGCAGCGAUCCAGGGUGUCACCCUGCUGGUCUUCCUCAUCGUCUCUGUCAAGUAUGACAAGCAGAAGGGCAAAACAGGAAGCCAGAGGCAGCGACACAUCUCCUCAUGACCCCCCCUCAAUUAUACAUCCCCUUAUCCCCCCUCACCAUACCUGCCUUUUCCUGUCAUUCGCUCCGUGCCCAAAGACCCUGUCCAAUAGGUACUUUCUAACAGAAUCCUACAGAAGUUUGGUUUACCUCUUUUAGAAAAAGUCACGUACGACCCUGUCAUGGCUUUAUAUUUCUUAUUUAAGUACAUUUUAACUUUAAAGAUGGGUUUUUUAUCCCUUUGAAUGACAUUAAUGAGUUAAUUUACCUGGAAAAAUGCAAAAACAGAGCUUACUGCAGGAGCCAUGUUUGAGUUGUCUCUCCUGCGUCUCUCCCCAUGUUGCCUUUCUUUGAUUAUUUGCACUUGCCUUGAGGAGUGGUGCCAUAAAAAGUGACUGUAUCUCUUCUAAUCACGAAGACUGUCAGAUGUUUUAUAGUACAGUUUUUACUCCCUGCUUUCUAACAAAACUUAUACAUGGACUAACCAUCUUACUGACCCUGGUGUGAUCCAUUAGUGUUUGAAAUGAUCGUUGAAAUAGUUUCUAUGUUCUUUCAUGUUAAGUCUGAAAGGAGGCUUUAAGUGUACUUGAAUGUUAGCAUUAUGUCUUGAUUUUAAUAACCAAUAUUGGGCUUCUGGAGAGCUUCAAAUACCUAUGCAGUAAUAGAGUUAUGAUCCAAUUGAAUGUGAAAUGAGAUUUCAUGCAGAAGGUACUUUUACGUUGAAGUGUUGUUGCUGAUUCAUCGAAGUUAUUGCUGUUAAUGUCGGUAGAGAACGGGGCUUUUGUUCAACAAGAUCCUAAGAAACAAACUUCCUAUUUGACUUAUCUAAUAUGAAUCUAAUAUUCAGAGGAAAUCUGCUUCCUCUGCUUGUGAUUACAUACCAUAAAUCCACAAAAGUCCUUCUCUGAAUCCGCUAUAAAUCCCCGGACAGCUCCAUACAUUAAUAAUGAUAACUCGUCAUGUUAGAAAUAGUUCAUGACUCAAUAAGCUUUUCAUUUCUGGUGAAGCUGCAGAACUGCAUGUCCACGCUACAAACAACUAAUUAAAAAUUAAUCUUGAGCUUAAAAGACAACCUUGAGUGUAGCUCUUAAAAUAUCCACAGCUUCAAUGCUUGGAUCAAGAUGAAAAGUAGUUCUAGACUUAACAUGCAAAUGAGUUAACCAAUUCAUCCUGAGAUCAUUUUAUAUUUUUUAAAUUUCAUAAAAAAAUCAACUUUCCCAGUGUUUGUUGACAGUUUUUUUUACAGUGUUAUCAUGACUUUGCAGCUUUGCCAGGAAAUGUUUUGUGUAUUUAUUAGACUGUGAUGCAUUUUUUUUAGCCUUUUAUUGCUAAGAAAACUGCUUGUGUGUGUGUUUCUACAAUCCUCAGAAUGGGUUUAGCACAAAGUAAUGAAUUUUAUUAAAGCAAGAAAACUCAGGGCUCGAGGAACGGUGUCGAGUGACAUAACUCUCCAGGAAAUGUAAAAACUGCCUUUGGGAGCUCACAACGGUGUUUACCCUGUGGUGUACAUAAAGUGACAUUUGUAUCCGCACAUGAAAAGCAAAGAGCUCCCUCUCUGACGGUUUGUGACGCCUGUUUUUUGUGAUUUUACGUGUGUUAAAUUGGGCGGAUAAAUGGAUGUUCCAUGUUUUAUUGCGUGUUUUAUAUAUAAUGUAUUUGCUUUGCCAUCUCAGUCCUCUUAAAAAGAGUUUAUUACAUUUUAUUUUGGAA